AAACAAACUAAAGAAUUUGAGUAAUCAAAAAUAAAAAAUAAUACUGUAUUGGAAUGCUGGUCGUACAUACAAGAAUUUAAUUUAAAAGAAGAAAAAAUAUAUGUUAUCAAGAAGUUUUUAUAUGAUCCAUUUAUAUAUUUAUUAUAAAUAAUGACGAAGCUUAUUGUUUCUUGGUUUUUAUAUGCUCUGGUUUUAGUAUUUUUAAAAUUAAUCUCUGGAGAAGUAAAAAAACCUCCACCAUAUCAGAAUGUUGUUGCGAUAGAAGACUCCAGCAUAACGUUAUUCUGUAGUACUUCGCAUAAUUCGUAUGACAUGGUAUCGUGGUGGAGAAAUGAUUCAUCAAGAAGUGUUGCACAAUAUCAAAACAGUGAUAUCUAUGUUGCGAAAAACUACACUGGAAGAGUCACUUUGACGAAAACUGAAUUUAAUCUUAACUCAUGUCACGUCAACGAUAGUGCAUUUUACUAUUGUGAAACCGUUCAUAAUGGAAAGAGCGCUUUUGGGAAGUACAUCAGACUCACUGUUCAACAAAUACCAAGUUGUGGCAACUUCAAACGGGAUGUUACCGAAAUGGAAGGAUCAUCUGUGAUGUUGCCAUGUACGGUGAUGGGAAGCCCAAAACCGGAAUUUAGGUGGCAAAAGAUUAGGCCAGAGGGAAAAUUAUCCUCUAGAUUUGUACAGCAUAAUAAAGGCUUGUCUAUUCGAGGACUGCAAAAGAAUGAUUCUGGAAAAUAUCAAGUGACAUUAAAAACUCAAUCUGAUCAAAUCUACUUUGCAGUGACGUUGAAGGUUUUAUCUUUGGACUCGAUUAAACCAGAGAACUACGUGAGUGUCAAAGAAGGCCAGCGAGCUGUCGUCGAAUGCGGUAAACUUCGGGCGCAAACCCCACGCGACACUUUUGAAUGGAUGAAAGGGAGUAUCGAUUUAAGUUUAAACAACCGAUACAGUAUUGAUAGUAAUGGUUCGUUGGUUAUUAAAGUAACGAAGUCCAGCGAUAGUGGUGCGUACACGUGCGCUAGCAAAAGACGAGCUCCUGAUGGUUCAUCAUCCUCCACAAAUGUGGCCAUGUAUUUGAGUGUGAAAUACCCUCCCAAGAUCACAUCCAUUCUUCCAUACAUUGAAGUGUACGAGAAUGCCGAUGCAGUAUUACCUUGUUCGGCUACCGGCAAUCCAGGUGUCACUUUCCGUUGGUUGUUUCCAACCGGGGAAGAAAUCAAGCAAACUGACAAGUUUGAAAUUUCUACCAACGGUUCACUUGUUAUUUUGAACGUGCAAAUAUCCGAUGUGCGAAACUACACAUGCGCACCGUACAACAAAAUCGGCUCUGGUCGCUAUGGUUACACUCAGCUCAAAAUACUAAUGCCUCCCGAGUUUAUAAAUCGACCAAAGGACACAAAUUUAAGUGUGCAGGAGGGUCAAAGUAUUUCACUGGAUUGCUCUGCAUCUGGGCAACCGAAGCCGAACAUUUCGUGGACACACAACACCAAACUUGAACACGACAACAAGAAGUAUAGUUUCAACUCCGCUGGUGUGCUCACUAUCAAAAAUAUACAUGGUUCAGAUUUUGGCAUCUAUCGUUGUUUUGUGGAAUCGGUUGCCGGCAUAUUGUAUCGAGAGUAUAAUGUGACAGUUAUUGGUAAGCCAGGCGUUCCGAGUUCGUUUGGAGUGCGUACGAAAGAUAACAUUGCGUAUGUUUAUUGGACUCCGUCAUAUAAUGGUGGCUCCUUCCAAAGUUUUGAGAUCUGGUACCGUCGUGCAGAUGACAACGACUACAACUGGGAAACGUUAAUGCCUUCAGGAGUGAAAAAGAAACACUCGAUCCUUCUGAAAGGACCUGCAACAGUUGGAGGACAUGGUGAAGCAUAUUUCUUUUGUGUACGCGCCAGAAAUAAUAAAGGUUACAGCGAUUUUACGAACAUUUACAAAGUUUUGAAGUCGUCGAAGCUUGGUGAAGAAAACGUGGCUGAAGAUGUGGGUCAGUUUAUCACAGACCUUCCACUGGCACCGUACUCUUUUACAGUGAACAUGUCUGAGGCAGGUUACAUACUUAAAUGGAAGCACAUGAUGACCCCGGGACGUCCCGCAUACGCAGGCUAUUCAAUUGAGUACCGAACCGCAAACACAUCUACAGGUUGGAAAGAGUUUGUCCCGAAGCAACGUGCUCGCCGAUCAACCCAACCUCAAGGGAAACAAGAGAAAGUGUCUAUCGCAAUAGAGGAAUUACCGGAUGUAAAACAUCCACUAGAAUUUCAAAUUUUUGCCGUCGCUGCGAACAACGUAAAGAGUACUGGGACCAAGCCAAAGGAAGUGAUAAAGACAGGUAUGCCGGGUGCCUCACCUGUGUCGAAAGAAUCGGAUGAUCUCAUUCCACCGAUCGUGCUUGCUAUUAUUUUCGGAUUGUUCGUCAUCGUGCUCAUCAUCAGCUUGUAUUGUUUCUGUCGGCGUCGAAAACGGAGAUACCAUGCGAGUCGAAAUGAAAAGAAAAUGAUCGGCUACAAUAAGGAGCAUGGAAUUGAAAUUGAACACCAAUCGAUUGACAGUACAGACAACGGAUCGCUUUUAUCACCCAAAUUUGGAAAUAACGACUCCCCUCGAAGAUUCCAUCUACGCGCAUGCCCAGCUUUGAAAUUAGGAACAUACAACCAACCAAACAUGUCGAACGGCAGUACGAAAGACGACGUGUUUGUUCUGCUAGAACCCAAUGAAAACGAAAAGCGUGUGUGCACGUGUAAUAAAAAGUAUAUGACGCUCGACAGUCGUGAUCAAAAAACGAAGAGAGAGAAGAGAAAAGAGAAGAAAGGAUUGUACAAAAGCACGUCAUCACCAUCAGUUUUGUUGAUGUCAGACAUUGACGGCUCCUCCAUUGACCCAUCAGAGUUGCUUGAUGAGGAAGACUAUGAUAUAAGUGACAUAGAAAAAGACGACGUCGUUGAAUUAAAUGACGACAAGAAGCAGCGAUACCCAGCAUUAAAUCGCAAAAAUUUUAAAGAUUCUUAUGAUCAAUUUUGCCGCGACGGUAUUGACGGAUCUAGAAGACGUCUGUCGUCAAAUGAGAAAACUGAGGUCGAUAAAAAUAUGGAUACGGGUUUAGUCGGAAUAAAAGAUAUACAUGAUGCAUCAUCAGAAAACUCCGCAACAGAAAGUGACAGAAUGCCGUCGCCGAAAAUAAAGACGGACUUAAUAAAUGACAAGACGUACGAUGGUAAGUCCAGUGGAUUUGGGGACGGUAGUAAUUCCACGUCUGAUUCUGAAUCUAUACAUCAGGAAAUCAUGGAUAAACCAACAUUGCUUAGACCCAACUAUCAUGGAUACGCUGGUCACAAUGGAUAUAUCAGUGAUUCCGGUUAUAGACGUGAUGGGGGCUAUGCAAGCGACAUUUCAACUAGAAGCUCUCCGUUAGACUAUGUUGGACGUCAUAAAUACCUCCCUCCAUCACAGAGACAUAAUCUUAAUUAUAGCAAACCACCUCAAGUGCAGUAUUAUUCAGAAGACGAAGGAACCCGUCACGGUACAUUCGUAAGCCCACGGCCUGUCGCUCCUCCUUCAUAUAACCAAGCUAUGGUAGAUAUCGAAAGGAUGUCAGAGAAAAACGAAGUUACGGACAGCGAAGAUAUGUUCGACAAUUUACUUGAGAUGGAAAGACAAUUAGGUAUCACAUUAGACGAUUCUUUAGAUAGCGAUUUAAAUGUAAAGACAAUGUUACCACCUCGUCCGUAUUCGAAUCCAAAAAAUUACGGAUUAGAUACCGGUUACAUGUCGGAUGCACCGGUUGUAUUAGGUAAAAAUCGAUAUUCCGAUCGUGAAAAAAGCGCGCGAUGUGCGCAAUUAUUGAAUGAAUUUAAAAGUAAUAAAAGAACUGAAAUAACAGAAGAGGAGGAGGAAGAGGAGAUGCCUGUUCUCCCUCCUACAGACAGGUGUAGAAGCGUAAUUGACAGUGUCACUGAAGAGCCCCGUGUGCCCCCAGUGUUAAGGCGCAGUAACAGCGUAGGCUCAAGUAGUGUUUAUAAAGAGUGGUUGGUGUAGCAGCGCAUGCUAGAGAACUGUCUGAACGCAGUAGUCUGUCAUACUGUUAAAAAUAUAUUUGUAUAUACAAAGUUUUUUUAGCAUCGCUUUAGUUAUUUUUUCGUCUUUUACACUCGUGUAUUUCUGAAGAGAAAGUAUAUAUAUUAAUUUAUUUAUUAAUUUUGAUCAACCUGGAAUCCAGGUGUGGUAUAUUUGAUAUACCAGAUACAACUUUGUUCCCAGGCUGCAGUUUUUCUUUACGUAAACAUGUCGCAAAAGCGUAAUUUUUAAAAAAAAUUUCGCUUUAUUUAUUUUGUCGAACAUUUAUUUUUAGUCUCGUUUUCGUGUUUAUAGUUCAGUGGAUUUUCUUGUUUUGGUGGGUCUUUUAGUUUGAAUAAUUUUACGCCUAUGUUUUUUGUUUGCGUAAGGAUGGGUGUUUCAUUUUGUUUCCAUACGAAAAGUGAUGAAAAUUUGUUCCGCAUUUUAUCCUUGUGAUGUCACAAGCGUUUAUACAGAGUAAAUGGGCUUUUAAACUUGGAAUUCUAUUAGGGUAGAAGCAUCCUUCAUGUAAUGGUCAUUUUUAUACUUUUUUUAUGAAUUUAUAUACCUUGCAUGAUGUAGAAUUGUUUACUAAAGUAGAAAUCAAAUAAA